GUCGGUUUCACGGCAUCGUGAGAAAAAAAACCAACGGUCACAUUUUUAUUAAAACCGAUCCACCCCUGUUACCCACCGACAUCUCUCAACACUCUCACCGCCACAAACUCAACCCUCCAUUUUCCCACGGCCUCCCUCCAAAUAUCCCCCACCAAAAUUACACUCUAAUUCGUAUCAACAUUCAGAUUCACUACAUAUAUUUUUCCGGGCUUUUAGAAAAAAAACCCAAUUUAUAUUUUCGUCAAAUUCAAAUUCAAAAAAAAAAAAAUUUGGGGAUUUGAUGAUUUUGCGAGACAUGCAAGCCAAGUCACUGCAAUGGGAGGCGUCUCCGGGGCUCCGGGUCGGGCUCAAAACGCCGCCGUCGUCCUCGUCCUGGUCGCAGCUGGCAGUCGUGAACUUGCGCGGUGGCGCUUCUGUAAAUAGCUUGAAAGCCAGAGGUUUGUUUGUAGUAAAGGCCAUGGAGGUGGAGGGUUCCAAAACAGCGAGUCUGAAUGGGCACGCCGGGAGCUCAGAUAAAAAUGGGAGCUUGUUGUCUUCGGUUGGAAAUUCAACCAAUAUUAAGUGGCAUGAGUGCUCAUUGAACAAAACUGACAGGCAGAAGUUGCUUAAACAAAAGGGCUGUGUCAUUUGGAUCACCGGUCUCAGCGGUUCAGGGAAGAGCACGGUGGCAUGUGCUUUGGGUGGGAGUUUGUACCGCAGGGGGAAGUUGUCGUACAUUCUUGAUGGGGACAAUGUCAGGCAUGGCUUGAAUCGUGACCUUAGUUUUAAAGCAGAAGAUCGUGCAGAGAACAUUCGGAGGAUUGGUGAGGUGGCGAAAUUGUUUGCUGAUGCUGGAGUUAUUUGUAUUGCUAGCUUGAUUUCUCCUUAUAGAAAGGAUCGUGAUUCCUGCCGUGCAAUGCUACCUGCUGGAGAUUUUAUUGAGGUGUUCAUGGACGUUCCACUUCAAGUUUGUGAAGCUAGAGACCCGAAAGGCCUAUAUAAGCUUGCACGUGCAGGGAAGAUCAAAGGUUUUACCGGGAUUGAUGAUCCAUAUGAGCCACCACUAAAUUGUGAGAUAGUAUUAACACAUAAAGGAGGAGCGUGUCCUUCCCCAUGUGAGAUGGCCGAAGAAGUGGUUUCUUAUUUGGAAGAUCAGGGUUUCCUCCAAGCAUAAGAAGUUGGUGGAACCCUUCCUUGAACUGUCAAAACUUUGAGCUCUACUGCAGAUGUGGUGAAGAUAGUUUCUAGCGCGCCGGGUGGAUGCUAUGCAUCUUGCAUUACAGAUAAGAUGCAGAAAUUGAUGCAAUAUUCCUGUAAACGCAUUAGUUAAUUGCUUGAUUAAUUUGUGCCAAAUCUUCUUUAUCUUUGAUGUUAGUUUGAAUUGUGGUCUCCUCAUUGUAAAUGAUAGAGUGGAGAGUUUCUUGGUCAGAUUAUAUUUUGUUUCGAGUUGGAUGUGUUUGUAUCAUCUCGUGGCGUUUUUACGUGCAUGCGUUUGAAUAUUAUUGUAGUUACAAACUGCUGCUAAACUCUUUGUACUAGAUCUAAUAUGUAACCAAAUACUUGGGGGAAAAGAAGGCCAGAAGAGCUCCUCUCUAUAGACGAUGUAAGAUGAAGAAGAAUUUACUUAGAAUUGGAUACCUUAUUGGUUUGUGUUC